AUGAAACUAGGGAAGGAUUUGGUAAAAGAAAGAGAGUGGUCUAUAACCACCUGGAAGAGCCCUGAUGAUCCUUCUAUAGGUCUGUAUAAACUCAGGUUAGACGCAAAUGGAUAUCCACAGGUAUUUGUGGGAGAAGGUCAAGUUGAUAACUUUAGGCUUGCACCAUGGAAUGGUGUUGGGUUUCGGGGCAUUCCUGUUGAAAACACGAAUCCAAUUUACUCCGUAGAGUUUGUUGUCAACCGGAAGGAAAUAUAUUAUAGAUAUGAACUAAUAGGUUCAGUUUUUCAAAGGAUAAUUGUGAUGUCGGAUGGCAUCCUACUGCAUAUGAGUUGGAUCAAUCGAACCCAACAAUGGGUCGUGUAUGGAAGUAUAGCUGUUGAUAGCUGCAGUCAGUAUGGACGUUGUGGUCCUUAUGGGAGCUGCUUCAUUAAAACAUACCCCCCUUGCAGUUGUAUGGAAGGUUUUGAAGUAAAAGACCCUGAAGAAUGGAAUGCCGGAGAUUGGUCAAGUGGGUGUCAACGUGAAACGCCAUUGGAUUGUGGGAGUAGUACUGCAGGGGAUGACUUCCAGAAAAUUUCAGGUAUGAAGUUCCCAAACACAAGACGUUCAUGGUUCAACGUGAGCAUGUCCCUUGGAGAAUGUGAGAUGGCAUGCAGAAGUAAUUACUCUUGUACAGCUUAUGCAAAUUUAGAUAUCAGAAACGGGGGAAGUGGAUGUUUGCUAUGGUUUGAUGAGUUAAUGGACAUGGGAGAGCACGAUGAUCCUCAAGAACUUUACAUACGAUUGGCAACCUCUAAGUUACCAGGUCAAUCCAGCUUCGACCAGAAGAAUGGAGUACUGACUAUUGUGUUGUGUGUUUCGUCAGCUGCACUCCUAUUGUGUGCAGUAGUAUAUGUCUACAGAAAGAAAAAGAAAAUGCCUCACAAGCAACGGGCGAGAAAACGCACAUACCCUUAA